GACGAACCCGGAAGCACAGAAGAGGGUGGAGUAGGAGACGUUUGGCUUGCUAGUUGCACUGUAAUAGUUCGUUAGUCUGAAGAGUUAAUAUAGCAUACUGUUAUUAUUAUUAUCAUCAUACAUAUCGACUAGGAGACAAGAUGCUGUCUUACAUCAUUGGUCUCAUUCGCGGUGGCUUUGAAAGCAUCAUUGGCCUGAUCAUGAGGCUUCUGGGUGCCAAGAGAAAACCUGCCAUAACCCUGGUGGAUCCCAAUGAGAAAUAUCCCUUGCGCCUCAUAGACAAAGAGAUUAUUAGUCAUGACACCAGGAAGUUUCGCUUUGCCCUGAAGUCUCCAGACUCUGUGUUGGGACUUCCUAUUGGUCAACACAUUUACCUGUCUGCUAGAAUAGACGGGGGCUUGGUGGUAAGGCCCUACACUCCGGUGUCAAGUGAUGACGACAAAGGUUUUGUGGACCUGGUGGUCAAGAUAUACUACAAAAAUACUCAUCCAAAGUUUCCUGAAGGUGGAAAGAUGUCUCAGUACCUGGACAGUCUUCGCAUUGGUGACAUGAUUGACUUCAGAGGGCCGAGUGGACUGCUGGUUUACAAAGGCCAAGGAGUGUUUGAAAUCAAACCUGAGAAGAAGGCACCCGCAGAGGUUAAGACGGCGAAACAUCUGGGCAUGAUCGCUGGAGGGACAGGUAUCACUCCCAUGCUGCAGAUCAUUCGGGCAAUAAUGAAGGAUCCAAAAGACAAGACCAUUUGUUACUUGCUCUUUGCCAAUCAGUCAGAAAAAGACAUCCUACUGCGUACAGACCUGGAGGAAAUCCAGGCCAAUCACCCAGACCGGUUUAAGCUGUGGUAUACCCUUGACAAGGUUCCUGAUGACUGGGAGUACAGCCAAGGGUUCAUCAGUGAGCAGAUGGUGCAGAACCGCCUCCCUCCCCCUGGUGACGACACGCUCAUCCUUAUGUGUGGUCCUCCACCCAUGAUCCAGUUUGCCUGCAAUCCCAACCUGGACAAAGUGGGCCAUUCCCUCAGCAGGCGCUUCAUCUUCUAGAAAAAACAAACACACUAAUCCUGACACCUAGUCAAGCGACUUUGGUGCUGAAAAAGCUCAGCUUUCACAAUCAUCAUAGUGUCUCCAAGUACACGUGUGUUUCAAUAUGCAAAUAUUCGCCCUCGCAAUUGUGCCCAUUUUGUUAUUUGCACUUAAGUAGACAUUGUCAAACCAGUCAGUAUGUGCUGUUUUAUCACACACAGUAUGUUAUUGAGUAAAAAAAAAACAGAAAUUGCAACCAGAACACUGAUGGAUUAUUUUUUUAUUCUAGCACACAUUGUGAUAUUUGUUAAUUAUGAAAAUAAUUGAAAUGCCUCAUUUGAAGAGUAAGACUUUUUUUUUUUUUUUACUUUGUCAUUGAAUGUGAUAAUUUGAAUGUUUUUAAUUUUUAGAAAGUGCCUUAGUACCAAGCACCUUACUGUAGACAUAAUACAGUACAUUGGCUUCAAUGUGUUCAAAGUGAAAUUAAAAUAAUAUAAAAAAGAAUCGCUUUAAAAAUGUCAAAGUGGCACGUAACGUCAUAGCAGAAGAUCAGUUAUUGCUAGCUUUAAGCAACUCAAUAUAAUAAUUGCACGCAUUCAUUUAAAAGCUGCAUCUUUGUAUCGUUUAAACUGCCCAACUGCAGUGAUUGGAGAUCUACGCAAUGAUCCAGCUUAGUGCAAGAACGUUAGACGUCACCUGCCAUAACCAAGCUCAUGUUCUAUAUAGUAAAAUAUUGUACUGCCUUGAGUUUGACGAAUAAAAGAUUGCAUUAA